CAGAAAUGGCAAAAACAAGAGGAGGAGGACAAGUUGGUUCUCGUCGGAGUAGACGUAAUCAAGGCUUGGAUGUAGUAGAUCCAACAGUAACAGUGAAGAAAAGAACAACAAAGAAAGUGGCUGCCCCAACAAAGGCUUUAGUUCUAACGCCAACGAGAAGAAGUAGUAGAAUCAAGAAAGUCGCUGCUCAAGAUGACGAGGUGGAAGAUGAGCUAGAAGAUGUUACACCAGAAUAUAUUCCGCGAGAUGAUGAGCUAGAAGAUGUUACACCAGAAUAUAUUUCGCGAGAUGAUGAGGUAGAAGAUGUAACACCGGAAGAUGUAACACCAGUGGCUGAUCAAGCUGAGAAGGCAAGGUCUGAAGAUGAUAAAGAAGAAGGAGAAGCUUGUUUGAAAGGAAAGGAACAGAAAGAGGAUGAUGGAGAACCUGCUAAUAUGGUAGAAGAUGAAGUUCUCAAUGAGGAAGGGAACGAAGAAGUCAGCAAUGCUCAAGAUGAUGAGAUUCCUAGUAACGAAGGAGUUGAGCUACCAGGGGAAGACGUGAAAGAAAAAAAUAGAAGAGGACCAACAAAGAUGCGUAGAGUGGCUGAAAAUCCUAAUGAAAAGGUUGCGGUCACAUUCACUGACUUUGGUGAGCAUGUUGGACCUGGUUCAGUAACACUAUCAUCUUUUCUUGGUCCUCUUGUGAGGGAACAUGUUCCGGUAACACUUUCUGAUUGGAGAAGACUUGAUGCAGCGACUAAAGCAACAAUGUGGGAAGAAAUUCAGGGGAGGUUUAACUUGCAAGAAGAGUGGCAUAAAGCUGUUAUUUUCAAGCAGUUGGGAAGCUUGUGGAGGGCUGGGAAGUCAAGGCUAGUGUCACAAGUACGGGCAGCGAAGACUGCUGCUGAGAGAUUAAAAUUAAAACCCAGCAAUAUCCCAUCUAUACAAGUGUGGAACACUUGGGUUAGGAGCAAGACUACCUCAAGUUUCACGAUUUAG